UAUUGUCGCAGCUCGCGUUCGGGAAAUGACUUCCGCCGAGGACGUGCACGGAAAGCGCGGUUCCGCCACGCCGUCUCCGACGAACGCCACGAAGGGGUCGCCGACCGGCGAAGGCGUCGCUCGGAUCUGCAGCGCCCUCGCAGUCAACAUGUGCAAGCAGCUGCUCCGCAUAAAGGCGCCCAGCAAACCCGGCGAUUCCCCGGCGAACGUCACCUUCUCGCCUCUGGCUGUGGCCUCGGCGCUGUGCAUGGUGCACGCGGGAACGAGCGGUCGCACGUCGAGGCAGCUGGCCGCCGCCCUCCACUGCGCCGACAUCAGGACGGUGCACGAACAGUUCAGGCACGUCUUCAACGAGCUGGGCCGCUUGAGCGGCGAGAUCACGCUCAGCCUGGCCAACCGACUGUACGCCGACGACCGGUUCCGGCCGCUGGGCGGAUACCAGGCCACCCUGGACCGGUGCUACAAGAGCACCGUCGAGUCCGAGCGUUUCCACGCCGACCCGGAAGUCUGCCGCUCGAGCAUCAACGCCUGCGUCGAACGGACCACGUGCUUCCGCGUCAAGGAGCUACUUCCGGAAGGAAGCCUCGACUGCGACACCCUGCUGGCGCUUGUGAGCGCCCUCUACUUCAAAGGGCGCUGGUUCACCCCGUUCGACCCGGGUCGCACGGUGCCGGGCGACUUCCACGAGUCUCGCACCCGGGUCGUCCGCACGCGAAUGAUGUCGGGUGAUGCGCCCGCCCGGCUCAACCACUACUGCGACGGUUUGUCCGGGCGCGCCCUCGACGUCGCCUACGAGGACGGCGGCCGCUUCUCGAUGACCCUGCUGGUGCCGGACCAGCUGGACGGACUCGCGUCGCUCGUCGAGUCCCUGACGCCCGAGCGCCUGGACAGGAUCCUGCGGGGGUUCGACCCGCGGCAGGAUGUCCAGCUGGAGCUCCCGCGCUUCAUGGUGGAAGACACAACGGACCUCAGAGUCGUCCUGCAGGCAAUGGGAGUCAAGGACCUGUUUGACCCGCUCAUGGCCGAAUUCACGGGCUUCGUAAUGAACAAAGAUGCCUCCAAGAAGGACGGCAGCGCACAGGCGAAAGGAAUCACCCUGUCGGUCGCCAUACACAAGGCGCUCAUCGACGUCAACGAAGUAGGCACCGAGACAACCCCGCCCAAGGACGUUGCCAAAACGCCCGGAGGCUUCCUCGUGGACCCGUCUCGGUUCCGGGUGGACCGUCCCUUCUACUUCCUCAUACGAUGCCACAGCCCGGAAGUGAUUUUGUUCGCUGGCUCCGUACGCCACCUUUAUUUCUUCUUACUUCCAUGCAGACCGCUGCCGAACGAGAACGCCCUCAACGACGCCAUGCUCCAGUUCGCGGUCGAUGUGUACCUGGAGCUGAGACGCGGGACCGGCGGAGCUGGUUCCAACGUGCUCUUCUCUCCUCUGGCUGUGCAGACCAUGAUGGCCCUGAUGCUGGCCCUCGCCAACAGACGCACCGCCGAUCAACUCGCCCAAGCACUCCACCUGCAUGGAUGUCAGGGCGACGACUUCAAGCUGUACAUGCGGCGCCGCGCGUACAAGCUCACCGGCCUGGCGGGAGGACUCUGCUACUUCAGCUUCAACAACAAGACGCAGCUCAUCACAGGCAGUCACGUGGACCCGUGUGCCUCGGCCGGCAGUCGUCUACGCGCGGCCAUUGACUCAUUGCUCGUGGAGCACCAGCACGCUGAUUUCGCAUUAGAUGGCGAGGGCGUGCGUGAGCGCGUGAACGAGUGGCUACACGUGAUGUCGGCGUUCGAGUGCGAGCACGCCAUACCUCGGGGCGCUGUGAACGGCACCACGUCACUCCUGGUGGCCAGCGUGACGUCACUGCGGACGGCCGACUGGAAGUGGAAGUUUCGUCUUAGGGACUCCACGUCGGCCGUCUUCUACGAGUCGUCCGGAGCCGCGAAGAGAGGUAUGGAUGUAUAGGUUCGUCACUGUGCUUUUUAACGCACCGAUUCAUGUCAGGCGCUUUGCCAUGGGU